GGCUGAGGAGAACACAAGGGAAGUCGCCGUCGCCACUGUCGGACCCGCAGCUACCGUCCCCGGGCCCUACACCAUGCCGUCGGAGAAGACCUUCAAGCAGCGCCGCACGUUCGAGCAGAGAGUAGAAGAUGUGCGUCUCAUCCGGGAGCAGCACCCCACCAAGAUCCCGGUGAUAAUAGAACGAUACAAGGGUGAGAAGCAGCUGCCCGUCCUGGACAAGACCAAGUUCCUGGUGCCUGACCAUGUCAACAUGAGCGAGCUCAUCAAGAUCAUCAGAAGGCGCUUGCAGCUCAACGCUAACCAAGCCUUCUUCCUCUUGGUGAAUGGGCACAGCAUGGUGAGUGUGUCCACACCCAUCUCGGAGGUGUACGAGAGUGAGAAGGAUGAAGAUGGAUUCCUGUACAUGGUGUACGCUUCCCAGGAGACGUUCGGAGUAAAAUUGUCCGUGUAAGACUAGAACGACAGGUCUGAAGUUUUUAAACCCUUACCAAGGAAAAAAAGGGAUGUCGCCGAGGCUGGCCAGUUCAUCUCCUCACAGGCCAUCAGAACAUCAGAACAUAGGUGUUGGCCAAAGUUGCUUUUGUAUUUCAGGCAGAAAAACUAAGCUCCACUUGAGCCCGCUCAGCUUCGGAGAACUAUGUUAUUUUAUUUAACCUAGGCCAUCUUGUUUCCAGAUUUUAGAAAUUUAAAAAUAAAAUACUUUGCAUCCUAAGUUGCCAAUAAAAUAGGACUUCAAGUUAUUUUAAUGCUGUUUUCUUCCCCAGUACUCACUUGUAAUUCGGGCAGUGCUGAGGCAUUUAGAGACACUCACUCUCUUCUCCAGGUUCACAGAACCUGUGCCUUCCCACAUGGCUUCUGGUCAGCUGGAGAAGUCUCCCUAAGGGGGUCUCUGAGCCCAAGUUGUCAAGUAGAACUGCCCUCUCCCCCCCACCUCUGGCUUUGCGUAAAACAGGGUCAGGGGUGUGCAGGAGGCUGCUCCAGGCUCCCAAUGCCUGAGAAGCAGGUGGACAGUUCGCUCAGGGCCUUCCAGGGGGCCCAGAGGAAAGCAGCACUGCUCAAUGGGAAACUGGAACCCAGAGUAAGGUGUUUUGGUCCAGCUUCUUAAAAGGCUGUCAACGGAAAUACAUUUCUUCUGGCUUGGAUUUUCUUGGUCUGGUCCUGUGUUGGUGAGGAAGCAAGCAGGUGUGUGGUAUCAUUUAGGACAUGGUGGAAGUGACAAAGCAGAGCACUGACAUUCAGGUGCGCUCCCCCUGCUGCUUGGCUUAAAGCCAUAGAUGAUACUUUAACUGUGUGACUUAAGCAUGUUAUCAAAAGGUUCUCAGGUGUGCAAGGGUAGUUCAGACAGCCGUCAGGAUUCUCCCAUUUUCUGGAAUGUCAGUGUGAAGAGAACAGCAAAAGGAGACAUGCGGUCUUGACAUUGAUGUCCAGUUAAAUAUCUUCCAUCCAGCUAGAACAAACCGCCAGUGCUUCCAGCAUGCUCCACUGCAGACUAUGUGCAGGUUAGGCAGCCUUGUGUUUGGGGGUCUAGGCAGGAACUCAGUAAGAGCCACCUCCAGUAAUCGGGGGAAGCAACACGGCAGCCUCUGCCUCAUCACUGGGAUCCCCCAUUACCUUUCCCCACUGUGCGCCUGUCCACAUGGCUUAACUUUUAAUGUGUGUAUUUUACAUUAUGUAAGUUUUCAGUGUCUUGUUUAGAUUGUAUGCCUCAGUAUAGCUCGGAUUCUUGUAUCUACAGUGUGACCAGUACGAUUCCUAUAAUAACUGCUUUUUAAAACAAAUACCAUGCUAAGGGGCACCCUUUAUUUAUAGGAUCUUUAACAAAUACAUCUUUAAUGCACUGAGUGAAUAAAGGCAUAAGAAAACUGUCACAAAAGCUGUCUCAUGGGGGUUGGCCCGGAGUCGGCCCUGCAGACUGGGGGGCAGGGAGGAGGGGAGGAGGGACGGUGGAGCAAUACCGUUCUCUCCUAGAUCAAGAUCCUGCCCCAGGUCUUGCCUGCAACAAGCUAGUCUCCUGAGGUCUGGCAGUGAGCUAGGUCAGGAGUGGAUGUGGAUAGGCCUGGUGCUGUCAGAAAAGACACCUGACAGCCUUGUGCCACACUUUGGGCUGGGAGUUACGGCCACCAUGUGGGCAGCUGCAGUUCUCAGACCAGACAAGGAGCAGCCAGGGCUAAAUUGCACUGUUCGCUCCAGGCCACCCCAUGCUGCAUGUGGGUGCCUUCUCUG